AACAGAUUGAAAUUACUACUCUCUACUUUCUAAAGAGGUGUAUUGGCACGUGGUUAUUGUAACCCGACGACCGAUCGAGCAUAAAUGUGAUGGCAAUUUGCCGGUAUAGUUGCGGUUAAUUUGCAGCAUCUCUAUCCCUCACCUUAGUACAAUUUGACCAAUGUAAGAUCUUAUCGGAGUUAAGCAGUUCGGGUCACUUCGAUCAACUUCUAAGAUGCGUUUUUUAUUAUUAUCAAGGUCGGCGCUCUCGGUAAAGCGCCUAGCCUUGUGUUAUUUGAGACUCGCAUCUCACGUCUGUAUUUUGACACAAUUAAACAACUCUUACGGUGCCAACAAAAACUCGACUUGUAUAGGCGCUAGGCGCUUGGUUAUAAUAUACAUAUUAGGUACUGUUGACGCUGGCCAAGGCCGAGGCUGUGAACGAUCUCUAGCGCGUAGCUAGAAGCUUGCAGGUUUCGGGACUAACACGAAAACUUCGAUUAAGAAGCCUUGUAUGGAUCUGGUUCUUUUCGGUAGAAAAAGGCCAGCGAAUGAUUCUAGGCGCGAUGUUUGGAAGCUAGACAACAUUGAAAUCC